GCUCAGAUUCUCCAACGUCCCUCAUUCGAGAAGAGCGUUCGACCGAGUUAGGCUUCAAGAAACAACAUGAUUUCUACUUUAGAAACUGAGGUACCAAUAGAACAGACAAAGAAUGGCGAGUCCCACUCGGAGGCAUCAACAGUUUGCCCGGAAGUUUCCAACAACGCCGACGAAGUAACUCCAAAAGACGAACAAGUCCACGAAAAAUCAGCAAAAAUUACGGACAAGACGACUAAAAAGGCUGAAGUCAAGCCAGCGAAAAGCAAUAAGAAGCUAAAAGAAGAGGAGAAAAAGCUAAAACUGUUACUGAAAUCAUUUGAAGACUUGGAUAAUCCAGAAGGGAAACUCGACGCCCUUGGCAAAAAGCACUUACAAUUGGCAGCAGAGCACAAAACCACUGAAGCGAGAAAGGAUGAAUUAGAGAAGAGACUGGAAAAGGUCGUGAAAGAACGUGAUCAAUUGCAGUCUGAGUUUAACAAAGCAAGUCUGGCAAAAAACAAGUUGGAGAGUCUCUGCCGGGAAUUACAACGUCACAGCAAGCUUGUGAAGGUGCUAGGACUUGUCAGUAAUAAAUGUUCUCAUUUAAUAGCACCAUUUAACCCUAAACCCCAGGGCCCUGAUAUGGAUUUAGACUUUAAGAACUUGAUCCAUACUUUCAANCCCACUUUGAUUAAGCAAGCUCAAGAAUAUAAGAAGCAGUGUGAGAUCUUAACAAAACAGGAAAAAGAGAUGAAAUCCCAGCUGACAAUGUAUGCAGAGCGAUUUGAAGAAUUUCAGAAAACGCUCAACAAGAGCAAUGAAGUGUUUUCGACUUUCAAGAAAGAAAUGGACAAGAUGACAAAAACAAUCAAAAAACUGGAAAAGGAAAAACUCUCGUGGAAAACGAAGUUCGAUAACGGUAACCGUUCAUUGCUGCAAAUGGUAGAAGAGCGAGAAAAACAACAAAAAGAAAUGACGGCUUUGCGAUUGAAGAAUGAAAAGCUUGAAAACCUUUGUCGGGCGCUGCACAAGGGAGCUAAAGUGACAGCCAGUGACAUCGACCAGACCAAGGAAACCAGUUCUGCUCUUUCUAGUGAAGAAAUCAAACAGUCACCAUCUGGUGGAGAGAGAAUAAACGGCAAAAACGAACACAACGCAAGUGCCGGAGAAGAAAAAACGUCAAGUGAACAAACACUUGAAAAGCCAGAGGAUGUAAGAGACGAGGAAGACGAAAAGCAGAGCGAGGAACAGCUCAUGGAAGAUUCUGUUGGCCAGUCAAGUGGCGGGGUUCAAGAACCUGCUGCUGAAAAUUCGAAUCAUAAAUCUGACGAUUCUGCAACCAGUUCCGAAACAAGCCCGACCGUUCUCUCUGAUACACCGAGUAAUGCCGAAGAAGUUCCGCUGGAUUCCGAAAAUAUUGCAAGUGAGAGUGAGACGACUUCAGCUGUAAAUGAAGAGACAAAUGUUCCCGAUCGUGCAAGUAGUUGAUAUUGCUUUGUAGCUAUCAACAAACAACACUGAUUGCAAUGAAUACAUGGAAAAUGGGAAAUUUUCCGGCGACGAUUAAAAUGAAAGCAGUUUUAUCCGUGUUAAAUCUUGAAACCUUGUAAUUUUUUAGUAGUUUUCUACUCGUCUCGAAAGACAUUUUGCAUUUUCAAUAGUAUUGUAUUUUUAGUGAGAGUGGAAAAUUUUUGUCUUAUCGCACUAAUAAAAUAAAGAAGGAAAUUGCUACAUGCA